AUGACGGGCCACUUUCAUAUCCGCAACGCUGAGGUAUCGUUUAACGAUGCACAGUUUAUCAUCGACGCGUUCGACUCAACGCUACCCCAUCUCGCAGCUGCGGGAAACAUUGAACAAUGGGGCACAAAGCCAUUUUCAAAAAGAGCGGGAUUUGCUGAGCGAAUUGAGGAUAUGGUUGCGAAAUCAGAGAGCUUCUAUAAGACAGGAACUGGUCAUCCAGUGAGAGUGUUCAUUGCAGAAGUUGAGGAUGACCCGGGUACUGCGUCAGCCUCUACUACCGCCAAACUGGCUCGGCGCGUAGAUGUGGACGGGAAGGCUCUAGUUGCUGUUAGCUUUGCAAUAGUACUUGAUGAACGCUUUGUGAGCUAUCUCCAGGAAUCCGAAUCUCUAAAGAACCAUGUCGGCGCCGCCUUAGAGAAGGGUAAUUUUGUCUUUCUGUGGUAUUUAGUGACUGACCAUCGUGUCAUUGGCAAGCAUCGAGGAGCUGGAAAUGCGUUGAUCGAGAGGGUAAAGCAUUAUGCUAGCGAUCACGGACGUCAAGCAGUUUGGGUCGAUUGCUGGGACGGAGGCAACGGGCUCUUGGUGAAAUACUAUGUAGACCGACACUUUGAGAUUGUGGAGGGCUUCACGAUUAGCGAUACAAAGAAUGGAACCACGUGGAAGGGCAAACUCCUUCGUCUAGAUCUAUCAUAA